AUACCAGCCUGCUCUCAACCUAUUUACCAGAAGUGACUCGAAUGGCCCGAAAAUUUACACACAUUUCAACUCUCCUGCAGUACAUCAAGCUUUCCCUGAGUUGUAUGUGUGAAGCUUGGGAAGAAAUAUUGAUGCAAAUGGAUUCGCGAUUAACCAAGUUUGUGCAGGAGAAGGAUACCACCACCUCUGUACAAGAUGAAUUUAUGGAGUUACUUUUGUGGGGCAAAGCAAGUAUUGAACUUCAGGCCCUGCUAAUGAAUCAGCUAACGGUAAAGGGUUUAAAAAAACUGGGCCAGUCCAUGGAAUCUUCCUACUCCAGUAUUCAAAAGCUGGUGAUAAGUCACUUGCAGAGGUAA